AUGGACCGAGAUGGACUCUCGAUGGUGGUGACCCUCCUUUUCUCUUGCAUUCUCCUGGUGGUCAUCCUGAGACUGCUCUGCUACUUCACCUGCAGGCUGGCUAGUAUGCUGCCGAUUGGUGGGCCCGGCCACUUCUGAGCUUUACUCAGAGGAUAUGCCUGCAUCUGUGGCACGGUAAAACCUCUCCUCUCCUUAGAGACCAGCCUAGCAGCUUUAUAUGAGCCCAACUACAGCAUGUUGUAUACUAAUGCUGUAGGAAUUGUGUUGUCUGUUUUAAUAGCAUGAAGUAACAGGGCUCAUUCGCACACAGUUUCAAGACUUUGUGAAAUACCAUUUUCUUUCAAGCACGUGUAACAAUAUAUUUGCCAAACUCUCUUCUUUAUAAACUCUGAACCUCAAUUAAAAAACGUUCUCUCGUUUACUUGUGGGUGGAAGUGUCCUGUCAAUCAUUUGGUGUUAAUCGGCUUUGUUAUGGCUGUUAAAUCUCUCUGUGCUAUGGCCCACAAUCCCAUUAAAGUGACCUUGACCACAGCACAGGGGAGGGACAGGGGAAGGACAGGGGAGGGGGGUGUAAUAAUAGAUUAAGGCUGGCUGCUCAGGGCCCAUGUGGCCGGGUUGGGACUACACUACCACAAUACCAUUACUUAUAUUCACUGUGAAUGUCUAAGUUGAAACCUACCUACUUUCCCCAUUAUUUGCUGCACUUUAACGCAAACUCAUCAACUUUCAUCAACACUGAUUUCUCCUUAUUUUACAGACUCCCUCUAGUUUGGGCCGUGGUAUGUGAUAACAGUACAGCGAUAGAGAGAAAGCAUCAUGAAGGUGACAAUCCUGCUCAUCUGCUCCUGCCUAGCUUGCGGAGGCCUGGGGAAGCCACAGUUUCCUGGUAAUACACACACCUGUCAAUAAAUGUAAUGUCUCUUAACAGCAUCCAGCUGUUUGACUGAAAUCCAUCAGGAAGAGCUGAGAGGGGACACAUACUAAAACAGAUCUGUUUCUCUCCCCUUCUCGCUGAAGUGUGCACUUGUUCACUCCCGUUCAUAGAUAUAAAAGGAAAGGGACAAGUUUAGGAAAUGUGGUGGAAAGAUCCUUUAGCACAUGCGUACACCAAUCCAAUACUCCUGAAGUCCUUGAGGAGGAGUGAAUAAGUGCACACUUCAGGGAGAAGGUGAAGAAACAAAAUUGGGCUUUGAUUUAUUGGAGAUGUGACACGUGCAGAAGUCUUCAACUGUUCUUUUUAAGGAAGUGCCACUUAUCUGUUGUUUAUGCAUCCUGUUUAGAAUAACACGGCUUGUUAGAGUUAUAAUUGUCAGUCUAUUGACCCAACUGAACAUAAUUCACAAUGCAUUUAUAGUACGAUGCUAGUGAACUUCAUUUUCUCUGUUCUCUCUACAAAAUGACCAGAAUCAUUUAGCUCCUGAAAGAUUAUUUACAGAUCAGGAGAGGUUCACAAAAUGGAUUCCAGAUGUGUAAUAUUUCUCCCUAUAAUGUAAGAAGAUUAGGUUCCUUCUUAUCGUAACAUCAUUUAAUGUAUGUGCUGGUGUAUAGUAGGCAACAUGUGAUUUCAGAAAUAAGAAGCUUACAUGCUGGAGAUGUCAGAGGUUAUAUGGUUGGCAGUGGCAGACCCUACAGAACAUGACAUUACAAAUACAGUACAUGUGUAUGUGCUUAUGGUCAUCCUGUUGGUCUCUUGAUAUUAUCAUCCAUACUUGUUCGUAUUAUAUGUCAUGCUGAGACUUAAAACCAGUAACGAAAUAAGUUACUCACAAAGGAACUUUGACAUCGUCUGGGGGUAAAACAUUAAUUAGAAAGGUUAUAACUAGGUUAUGAAAUACAAGUGAAAAAGUAAGUGAUGAACGCCAAUGUUCUGUACAUUACCUAAUGAAAUAAUCUUCUGUGUUCAUCAAGUUUUUGCCAUCAAAAAAUGUUUCCCUGGAGGAACCUCAACGUGUAUUCCAUUUAAUUUGGGCAUAUUCCGUCCCACAUGUCCCAGUACUUUCGCAGGUGUUACAGAUAAUUUCUGAUGGCCUCUUUCUCUCCUUAUUUCAAACUAAAAGUCUACCUCCGUGUUGCAGACCAAGAGAAAGAUCCCUUGUUCUGGAACACAUGGGCCCAGCGUACUUUGAAGAAUGCCCUCACACUUCAGAAGCUCAACCAAAACACUGCAAAGAACCUCAUCCAAUUCCUUGGUGAUGGUAAGUCAUGAUUACAGGAGCCUUUUUCAUUCCAUGAGUAUGUGCCAUACUGUAUGAUGAAGUGAAGUCUUAACUCUAUGCAAUCAAAGACUUUAUGUGCAGCAUACAGAUUUAGUAUUUUUAUACAGUUCCAGAUUAUCUUUCCUAGUGGUUGUAGGAAACAAGUAUUUUGAUAAGUAUAUCCUCCUCAUCAAUCCACAGCCGUUUCCAUCAAAACAUUCUGGUGGAUUGAUGUCAUCCAGUCAGAAGUAAAUAGUAUGUUUCAGGCUUUCUAAAUCGAAUGUUGAAUAUGGGAGCCAUCGAGCAUUACAAAAACAUGCUGCCAGUGCCAAUGGAUAACAUGGCUUCUGCUUUGUGUUAUGUUAUGUAGUGACCCAUUAAACUGUCCCCCCCAAAGGACCUUAACUGUCUAUGUUUUAUAUGCAGCAGUAUACAAUGUACCUUUCUCUAUCAUGUAUGACAACCAUGCUUAAAACAGUCAUGCUGGAUAAAGUGAAAGUGCACGUCAGUUCACAUCCUCUACAAAAGCAUCAAUUUUGACACCCAUAAAAAAACGAAGGGAAAAUAGAUAGUCACCUCUAAAAAUAUACAUUUUGUUGACUUGUGAAAAGGCAGAUCUCAAGUAAAAGCUAUUUUGGCGGGGUUCCUUACCACCAAAUGUAGAGUUGUCUGUUCAGUGGGCAGAGCAGCUGCUGUGAAAAGUGACCACAGAGCAAUGUUAACCAGAUGGAAAACCACAAGGUGUUAAUGCAUGAGAUGGAAAGGCUCUCUAUCCCUUAAAUAGAUUCACACCAUAACAGAGCGAGCACUGCUUUGCUUUUGUUGUGUAGGAAUGGGCAUUCCCACAGUGACGGCAGCACGAAUACUGAAGGGGCAGCUGAGCAGACAGAGUGGGGAAGAGACCCAGCUGGAGAUGGACAAGUUCCCCUUUGUUGCGCUUUCCAAGGUCUGACCUGGUCUGUUGUCAUAUAGAAGACCUAUAGAAUAGCAUGCAUUAUUGAUCUGGAAGUAAUGAAUGGUUCACCAAGGGCAAGACCAAUAUACCAGGUCACAUACUGUCUAUGUCAUACGAUAAUAAUGUGUUAUUAUGUUACAUACUUGGCAAGAAGCCACACAUCAUAGAACUGUCUUUACAGUUAAGGCAGCAGCACAUUCCACACAUGAUUGGUCAUGUAGUAGUCUGUGUCAAUGAUUUUGUAAGAAUUUAGAAUGUAAAAGGAAUUACACAAUCUGAGCAUUUAGAGGUGAUGUUUGGAGGUGUGGAUAACACCAACACGGCAUGCACAACAAUGUCUCCUACUACAUUUCUAUAUAAUCCACACAUUACUGUCCUGUCUCUGCAGACGUAUAACACCAAUGCCCAGGUGGCAGACAGCGCAGGUACGGCCACAGCAUUCCUCUGUGGGGUGAAGGCCAACGAGGGCACGGUGGGUGUGAGUGCAGCUGCCGUCCGCUCCCAGUGCAACACCACACAGGGCAACGAGGUCACCUCCAUCCUCAGAUGGGCCAAGGAAGCAGGUACUGUCUCAUUAUAACCCAUGUUUAUUCACAGUACCUCUCCACACCAGAUCUACUAAGGCUUAUUUGGCCAUCCUGAGAUAAGCAAUAGAGACACACCAUGAUAACAUUGUAAACGUAGGCAUGCAUGCAUCUCAAUGGGGAGUUUAUAGCUACAUAUGUAUUUUCUCAAAGGCAGAGUCUCCCUAGCAUGCCCCAACGACUUAGAGACAUGGCAGGAAUGAAAACAAGACUUCUGGAGUAGAGGUCAGAUAGGAUCAGGGAUCCAAUCAUUCCUUAGUGACCAGACCAGGCAGGCCUGAGCCCUUCACAUACUGUAACACACAGAAAUAGAUAACUCACAUCAGGAACAGUCUUUAACUCUUUAGUUUCUGACCCACUCAUCCUCAGUGGAGAUAUUUGUAUAACCACAAUUCUCUGUCUAACAUAGUAAGUACUAUAACCAUGAUAGGUAAUCAACAAACAAAAAAUACAGAAAUGGUCAUUUCUCAAAUGACUGAAAAAUGAACUGACACUCUGUUCAAGUUCAACUAGAAUUAGCAGAUUCUUUGGAGCAAUUGGUUGUCUUCAGAUCUGGCAGACUAUUGCACAGAAUCCAAGCAGCAGGUUCAAAAACUGUUUGUGUGUUUGUUACCCAGGCAAGUCAGUGGGAAUAGUCACGACAACGCGUGUGAACCAUGCCACCCCCAGUGCGGCCUACGCCCACUGUGUGGACAGGGACUGGUACUCCGAUGGAGAGAUGCCUGCUGAGGCAGUACAGGCGGGCUGCAAGGAUAUCGCCAGGCAGCUCUUUGAGAACAUUCCCAACAUCGAUGUGAGUCACAGCAUAUACACUAUAUAUACAAAAGUAUGUGGACACCCCUUCAAAUUAGUGGAUUCGGCUAUUUCAGCCACACCCGUUGCUGACAGGGUAUAAAAUCGAGCACACAGUCAUGCAAUCUCCAUAGGAAAACAUCGGCGGUAGAAUGGCCUUACUGAAGAGCUCAGUGACUUUCAACAUGGCACCGUCAUAGAAUGCCACCUUUCCAACAAGUCAGUUUGUCAAAUUUCUGCCCUGCUAGAGCUGCCCCGGUCAACUGUAAGUGCUGUUACUGUAAAUUGGAAAUGUCUAGGAGCAACAACGGCUCAGCCGCAAAGUGGUAGGCCACACAAGCUCACAGAACGGGCCUGUAUAGUGCUGAAGCACGUAACAUGUACAAAUCUGUCUGUCCUCUGUUGCAAAACUCACUACCGAGUCCCAACAUUUCUCUGGAAGCAACGUCAGCACAAGCACUGUUCGUCUGGAGCUUCAUGAAAUGGGUUUCCAUGGCCGAGUAGCCGCACACAAGCCUAAGAUCACCAUGCGCAAUGCCAAAUAUCAGCUAGAGGUGUGUAAAGUUCGCUGCCAUUGGACUCUAGAGCAGUGGAAACGCGUUCUCUUGAGUGAUGAAUCACACUUCACCAUCUGGCAGUCAGACGGACAAAUCUGGGUUUGGCGGAUGCCAGGAGAAAGCUACCUGCCCCAAUGCAUAGUGCCAACUGUAAAGUUUGGUGGAGGAGGAAUAAUGGUCUUGGGCUGUUUUUCUUAGUUCCAGUGAAGGGAAAUCUUAACGUUACAGCAUAUAAUGACAUUCUAGAUGAUUCUGUGCUUCCAAAUUUGUGGCAACAGUUUGGGGAAGGCCCUUUCCUGUUUCAGCAUGACAAUGCCCCUGUGCACAAAGCAUGGUCCAUACAGAAAUGGUUUGUCAAGAUCGGUGUGGAAGAACUUGACUGGACUGCACAGAGCCCUGACCUCAACCCAAUGAAUUGGAAUGCCUACUGCGAGCCAGGCCUAAUUGCCCAACAUCAGUGCCCGACCUCACUAAUGCUCUUGUGGCUGAAUGGAAGCAGGUCCCGCAGCAAUUUUCCAACAGCUAGUGGAAAGCCUUCCCAGAAGAGAAGAGGCUGUUAUAGCAGCAAAGGGGGGACCAACUCCAUAUUAAUACCCAUGAUUUUGGAAUGAGAUGUUAGACGAGCAGGAUUCCACAUACUUUUGGUCAUGUAGUGUAUAUAAUAUGGAUCCUGAUAUUACAGAAAAUAUCCAGUAAUCAUGCUAAAAACAGAGCAUUUUUAUAAGCAACAACUAUUGUCCAAAACAAUGAUUGCUAUUUAUUCUGUAUAAAUUGUUCAGACAGUAAUUUGGAGCAACUUGCACCUGUAAUGUAAUGGCUCAAAAAUAAUUCCUCUCCUGAUUAUUCUUGUCAUGGAUUAAGGUUGCAUGGCGGAACCCGGUUACCGAGAUUUACUGGGAUUUGUUGCCCAAAACCACUCCCUUUUCCCGGGAUAAAUAACUUUGAGAAACCUGUAAAUUAUAAUACAUUAUUUAUAUGAACAGCAUGGCGUGAAAUGGAACUGUUAAAUUAUAUGUGAUGUCUAAAUCUGGCUUCUAUACGGCCUCUGCAUGAUACAGUAUAUCAUCAACGUUCAGGGUGUGGACAGACAGCGCAUCUCAGUAUGGAGCGCCGUUCACAAUGCAUGUAGACCGAUCAUCUCAUUAUGGUAACUUUUUUCCUUGUGACAGGUAGGCCUCCAUUUGCUGCAGCAUAGUUUGUGCUACAGUAAUAUAAAGACCAAAUACGCGUCUAAUUUACCCAUCUCCAUCUGGCUUUCAAGGGUCACCAUAUGUUUUUAUUGUAAAGAUUAUUUUUUUAAUUGCAGCAACAGAGUUUUAAAACAGCCUAUGGGUUAUGCAUAAUACGCUUCUAAUUUAUAGCCUCUUUCUCUUGCAUGCAGGAAAAGCUAGACUAGAAUAGACUCAAUUUUUUUGUUGUUGCAUUUCUUAUACCAAUAGACUAUUCAAAGAGGGAUGCAAGCUCUUGUUUGCUGAAUGUUAAAUACAGCAGCCAAUAGAACUCACGGGUAGUUUGACAGAAAAGCGAACGCGCGAUGGCGGUAGGCUAUAGCAUUUAUUUAUUCAGACCCAUUCAAUCUUUAUGAAGAGAAGUGAAAGCCUUCUGCAUCGAAUUGUAGUCCUAUAUUAUUCAAGGUUUUAUUAAAUUUUAUUUUUCUAGGUCAUUUUUUUAGUCAUUUAGCAGACGCUCUUAUCCAGAGCGACUUACAUGAGCAAUUAGGGUUAAGUGCCUUGCUUAAGGGCACAUCGACAGAUUUUUCACCUAGUCGGCUCAGGGAUUAGAACCAGCGACCUUUCGGUUACUGGCACAACGCUCUUACCCACUAAGCUACCUGCCGCCCCAGGUUGUAAUUAAAAUGAUAAAGAUAAGGACAAUGAAAUGUAUUUCAUUUAGCCAAACUGUUGAAAGGAGGAAGGAAUGAAGCAACAAGAGAGAGAAAGAUGAGGUAGGCUAAUAACAUUAGGGGAAAUAUUAUGAAAAGGUAUAUAUGCGUCAGUCUACUAUUUAUAUACUGAACAAAAAUAUAAACGCAACAUGCAACAAUUUCAAAGAUUUUACUGAGUUACAGUUCAUAUAAGGAAAUCAGUCAAUUGAAAUAAAUGCAUUAGGCCCUAAUCUAUGGAUUUCACAUGAGUGGGCAGGGGGGCAGCCAUGGGUGGGCCUGGGAGGGCAUACUGUAGGCCCACCCACUUGGCAGCCAGGCCCAUCCAAUCAGAAUGAGUUUUUCCCCACAAAAGGGCUUUAUUACAGACAAUCCCACAGGUGAAGAAAGGCGUGGUUACACGUGGUCUGCGGUUGUGAAGCCGGUUGGACAUACUGCCACAUUCUCUAAAACGACAUUGGAGGCAGCUUAUGGUAGAAAAAUGAACAUUCAAUUAUCUGGCAAUAGCUCUGCAGUCAGCAUUCCAAUUGCACGCUCACUCAAAACUUGAGACAUCUGUGGCAUUGUGUUGUGUGACAAAACUGCACAUUAUAAAGUGGCCUUUUAUUGUCCCCAGCACAAGGUGCACCUGUGUAAUGAUCAUGCUGCUUAAAUCAGCUUCUUGAUAUACCACCCCUGUCAGGUGGAUGGAUUAUCUUGGCAAAGGAGAAAUGCUCACUAACAGGGAUGUAAACACAUUUGUGGACAAAAUGAGAGAAAUAUGCUUUUAGUGUGUACGGAACAUUUGAGAUUUUUUAUUUCAGCUCAUGAAACAUGGGACCAACACUUUACAUGUUGCGUUUAUGUUUUUGUUCAGUGUACAAAUAAAACCUAUUAUAUUCCCAAAUUAAAAUCAAAUUCGCUAGCCUGAACGAUGUUCGUAAUUACAGUCCAUAUAAUGCGGGAGAAUACAAUACAGUACACACUCAAAAGGAUUAGCCUACUGGAGCCAGUAUCAUUUAUUUACCCAAGAGAGCAUAUAGCUAGCUACAUCUAUGGGCUUUUAUGUUUUUCUGUCCUGCGUAAUGUACAGUAGACUAUCAUACUGUAUGUAGGCUAUUGGAUAACGGCACAAUCCUUUUUUGGGAUAGGGCUCAUUAAAUGUCUUUAAUGUAUGGCUCAUCAGGCUCAGGUAGCAUCAGGCAUGAAUUUUCGAUCAACGCUCUAAUCAAAUCCAGACAGGCCUAUUUAUAUGCUUAAAAAUGCUUUUGAAUGACACUUCCGGUUUUGGCGGGAAAUACCAGGUUACCCGGGAGAAAAGUGAUUUAUUCUCGGGAUGGAACAUUUGUAAAAUACCAGGAAAAUAUUCAACCCUACCGGGGAUGUCCAUAGAUAUAAAUCAAAUGUUUUAUCUCUAUGGUGGGUGUCUAGGUGAUUAUGGGAGGAGGGAGGAAGUACAUGUUCCCCAAAAACCAGUCAGAUGUGGAGUAUCCUGGAGAGAAGAAACACUUUGGUACCCGCAUCGAUGGAAGGAACUUGGUGGAGGAGUGGAAUAACAGAAUGAAAAACAAGGUCAGCUGUUUAGUCUGUCUUAGUCCUUCUCUCUCCUCUUCUACCAUGUCCUGCUGUUUCUUCCUUGUUCUUCUCUGUCCUCCACCUUUCUCAAUUUUUCGUAUCAAGAACAUUUGAAUAAUUUUAGGUUGUCACAGGGAUAGAUCAAUGCCAUAUUAUGUAUUGUUUUAUUUUUUAAAUGAUCAGAAAGCCCACUAUGUAUGGAACAAGAAGGAACUUUUAUCGCUAAAUCCUAAUAGUGUGGAUUACAUUUUGGGUGAGUUAUUUUUAAAAAUUGUUGCUCUAUACUGAUUUCACGAUCGGCCUGUUUCAUCUUUUGUUUUCAUGUUAACCACUGUUGAUCAUCUUCUCUACCUAUUUCUCAAUAUAAUAAACCCAGCUUCCCGUGUUAACACAGGUCUGUUUGAGCCGGGAGAUCUUCCCUACGACCUGGAGAGAAACAAUGAGAGAGAUCCUUCCCUGACAGAGAUGGUGGAGGUGGCCAUCAAGAUCCUGAGGAAAAACCCCAGGGGAUUCUACCUGCUGGUGGAGGGUGAGUGUUGUUUUACACUCUGGCACCAGUAAAUACUGUAUCUGUUGCAUAAGGUUAAUUAAUAAUGUAUAUCAUGUUGAAUGUGAAGUUUGCACAGCUGAGGCUGCUUUGCCAAUGCUGAUGCUAGAUUUUCUCAUCUGCCUGAGAGAGAGAGAGGUUAACCAGGCUGUGCGUCGGCAGGGGGGCGCAUUGACCAUGGGCAUCACGAGGGUAAAGCCAAGCAGGCCCUGCAUGAGGCAGUGGAGAUGGACCGGGCCAUUGGCCACGCCGGCCUCAUGACCAGCAUAUAUGACACAAUGACUGUCGUCACUGCUGACCACUCUCACAUGUUCAACUUCGGAGGCUACACGCCAAGGGGGAACACAAUAUUUGGUGAGAAAUGGAUGAUUUUGCAACCAUGUAUUGUAUGUGGCUACACUCAGUCAUCAGUCACUUGGAUGUUGUGGAUGUUGUGAUUAAUUGUUUGUGAUGGAGAUGGUUGAUUAUUUUCCUCUCUAUCCACAGGACUGGCUCCCAUGAUGAGUGAUGUGGACCAGAAGCCCUUCACCGCCAUCUUAUAUGGGAACGGACCAGGGUUCAAAGUAGUCAAUGGUCUGAGAGAGAACGUCUCCACCCUUGACUACGGUAACUGAAAUAUUAUCAUCAAUGCAGUAUUGCCAUUUUGACAGUCCUCUUUCUUAGAGAACACCACUUGGUCUUUGGCAUGCCAGAAAAUCAUCCAUCUGAUCCCUUUCUCCUUCCCUUUCUCUACCUCCACCCUUUCCCUUCCCUCCCUCUAUCCAGAGGAAAAUAACUACCAGGCCCAGUCUGCAGUGCCGCUGAGUAUGGAGACUCAUGGAGGAGAGGAUGUGGCUGUGUUUGCUAAGGGCCCCAUGGCUCACCUGCUGCACGGUGUCCACGAGCAGAACUACAUUCCCCAUGUCAUGGCCUAUGCUGCCUGCAUCGGCCAGAAUAGAGACCACUGCAUGUCAUCCAGUGGAGCCUCUAGUCUCAGCGCUGCUCUGCCCAGCCUGACAGCUCUCCUCACACUCACCCACCUCCUCUGCUGACCUUUCACCCCAGCCCCCCUCCUGCACCACACCCACCCUCCUCUCUGUAUACAUGUAUUACUCUCACACCUUUUUUAUAGUGUCGAUAUAAUGUGGAUUUUAUUUUUUCUAAUGUUGAUUUUUUAAAAAUAAUUCUGUACAGUUUAAUGACUUUGGGACAACUGUAAGGACAUUUAAAGUGGAACUGACAGUGUUUUAACUACUUUGCAGAUAUGAAACAGAAAGACAAUCACAAUAUCAGUCAAAAAUAUCAAAUUCCCAGUUUAUGCUACAAAACCAACUUGAUAAGAGGUUUUAAAAAUUGGUUCUAUUUGGCUCAACAUUACAUGACGUACACUAAGGCAUUGCUGGCAGAAUAGAUGGAUGCAGUUCAAUGCAUGAUUAAUAAAAAUUCAUAUAUAAUUGGUAGUCGAAGAAAUAUUGCUAUCAGCUUGUAAAUCACAGCUGGCCUGGUACAUUGUUUGCUGCCUCCAUUCGGGAUGCACUAUUUCAGUUUCAAUUACUCAAUAUUUUUGACAAAAAUGGGUGAAUGUCAAUACAAUCAAACUAGCAAGGGCAAUGAUCACAAGUCAGUCAUAAUGUGGCUAAUAUGCUAGCAUAUCUAUUUAUGUAACUAGCUAAAAACACAGAGCCUAAUGUUAGCUAGAUAGCUAGCUAGCUGCUAGGAGGACGUCAUGAGUGAGUGAGGACGUUCACCGACUUUUUCCCCUCGUAUCGUUUUUUCGGUGGCUACAUAGCUAGAGAUGCACGUGUCAUUUGGUUAGCUAGCAAGAAUAGUUAAUCGCUUUGCUAGCUAUGCUGAAUGACUGUUAUCCAGUUAGCACAUCUCUUGCGUUCUUCUCCAAUUUCAGAGCACUCUUGUCUGAAUGUGCCAGAGCGCUGAAUAGCUGAUGAAUUUAUGAACGCGCAAGACCUGCUGAAUAUGACUGUGUCAGUAACCGUAGGCAAAAAAAGUAAUAGUUAGUCACGAACACUCUAUAUAACAUGUAAACAGCCUAACCAGCUCUGCUAGGGUGAGUAAAAUGGUCAUUUGUGUCAACUUUGGCCAGUUAGCUUGAGUGCUUGGUUGGGAAACGCAUGCAUUGGCAAGCAAGCUGCAGAAGGACAGGCUAUUCCCCAUCAUUUAUCAGUGCAAUUUUGAUGGCCAACUAGCUGAAAAAGUUUGAGAGGGUUGUUGUUGACGUGCAUAUAAGGAAAUAUAGCCUACCUUUUUAUGGUUGUUUGAUCAAUUGGACUGUAAAGUUCCCAAAUGUAAGUGGACUCCCGUGGUAUUUAGCUACAUUUUUGCGAUGUUGCAACUGCCUGUAAACACACAGUCCAGUUCAAAGUGAAUGAUGGCAGGCCCUUGUGGGAAAUGGCUUGUUUGCAUAUAAGCCUACUGUACAUCUAAUUGGCUAUGGUGCACCGGUCUGCGUAGGCUCCGGUCCUGGACGAGACAGAUGUUUUUAUUAGGUUUUAUUUACCGCAGUGUCUAUUAAUUGUCCAAACGCAUGGCCGCUUUCCCACUCUAUAUUGCUAUAGAAUUUGCACUAAUACCUUAGUAUACGUAAUUCUCAAACAUUCUAAGAAUUUAUGAAAACGUGAAAAUGACCAUAUCGAAGUGCUCACUAGUCAGAAAAUGUAUAAAAUAAGUAAUUCUUCCUGGGGAUGUAUAUGAACAGAUUUUAAUAAGAUGUUGCUAAAAUGCUGUCAGAUCCACUUUAAAAGAAUAGUGUUUUGAGCAUUGGUGAAGUUCAAUCAGAUUUAGUGUUAGGGAAAAUAGGAGGAUAUCACUUCCUUUCUACUGUAUCAUAUAGGAUAGGUUGUGUUAUUCUACUUUGGUAUUUAUCACCAUUCAGGUAACACCAAAACUAUGUGAAGAAUUCUGUCAUAUCAGUGGGUUUAAGAGAAGGGUAUAUCUCUGAAUUUAUAUCAAUCAUUGUAUGGGAAAAAAUUAUCUCCCAGUAUUAAUGACAAAUCAAUGUUGCUGCCCACCUAUAUAUUUGUUUUCUGUCAAUUGCAUGACUAUGAAUCAGUCAAUUUUUAAAAGAAGCCAGUUCCUUUUAUAACGUUCCCCUAGAUUUGAAUGUGAAUAUUUUAAAACAGUAUAUACAAACAGGAAAAAUAAUCUACUUCAUAAGCUCUCAUCAGAUUCCCUAAACAAUCGUGUAAACAUUACAAUAAGGAAAGUAGAAGCUAUUUUGAAUGUAUGGUUUAAACAAACAAACCCAAAACAUUCAUUCCAUGUCAUUUGUACAUACUUCCCUAAAGCACUGAAUUCAGUGCCCACUGUCAGAAUUUCAUAAAAAUAAGUUAGCCAAUAAACUAGGUCCUGUUGGUUUUUCUGAAAAUGUUGUGUUUACAUUCUUGGUGUGUGUACUGUAAAUGGUAGAUAAUGUGUCAGUUUGCCAGGAACUGAUUUUGGUUACACUUUCAAUAAGCAUUAUGGGUACCAUUUGGGAUGGAAUAUAAU